GCAUGCGCUGUGCAGUGUCGGGAAGUCGGGUGGUCCUCGGCCGAACGGGUCACCGCUUCUGGUCAGUUACGACUGCAGGCAGCGAAAGUGCCCACUUCCUCAGCUUAGGAGCCCUGGUGGACGUCGUGGGACCGACCGCGUCCGGCGGGAACGCCCACAGCGGGUGUCCGCCAGGGACCCCGGAGUCGCGGAGGCGGCGAGGGGAGGGAGGUAAGGAUCAUCACCCUGCCUGAGCCACGCCAGAUGUCCUAGGAGGAGUCUCUAGCUUGGCCUGGGCAGACAGGAGCUCUUGGUGGCCAUAGAGACUGUCACCACAUUCAUCAUCCGAGAGGCCCAAGCAGCGCUGCACUGGGGUAAAGAAGCUGUUCCAGUCUAUGUGUGCUCCAUAUUUUUUGCUCGAGCUUGAUCAAGCAGGUUUCUCAGGAGAGCAAGCUUCAACAAGCAGUGAAAAUGAACAGCUCAGAGGACCCUCCUCAGUCUUACGACUUCGACCUCAUCAUCAUCGGCGGAGGCUCGGGUGGCCUGGCAGCUGCUAAGGAGGCAGCCAAAUUUGACAAGAAAGUGAUGGUCUUAGAUUUUGUCACUCCAACUCCUCUUGGCACCAGAUGGGGUCUCGGAGGAACAUGUGUGAACGUGGGCUGCAUACCUAAAAAGCUGAUGCACCAGGCAGCUCUCUUAGGACAAGCCCUGCAGGACUCUCGCAACUACGGCUGGAAAGUGGAGGAUGGAGUCAAACACGACUGGGAAAAGAUGACGGAAGCCGUGCAGAACCACAUCGGCUCCCUGAACUGGGGCUACCGAGUCGCCCUUCGGGAAAAGAAGGUUGUCUACGAGAAUGCUUACGGCCAGUUCAUUGGUCCUCACAGGAUUAAGGCAACAAAUAACAAGGGCAAAGAAAAAAUUUACUCAGCAGAGCGAUUUCUCAUUGCCACUGGUGAAAGACCUCGAUACUUGGGCAUCUCUGGGGAUAAAGAAUACUGCAUUAGCAGUGAUGACCUUUUCUCCUUGCCUUACUGCCCGGGUAAGACCCUGGUGGUCGGAGCAUCCUAUGUCGCUUUGGAAUGUGCUGGGUUCCUGGCUGGCAUUGGUUUGGACGUCACCGUUAUGGUCCGGUCCAUUCUUCUGAGAGGAUUUGACCAGGACAUGGCCAACAGAAUCAGCGAACACAUGCAAGAACAUGGCGUCAAGUUCAUAAAGCAGUUUGUACCAGUUAAAAUUGAGCAAAUUGAAGCAGGGACCCCAGGCCGACUGAAGGUGACGGCGCAGUCCACGCACAGCCAGGAGAUCAUGGAAGGAGAGUACAACACGGUGUUGCUGGCAAUAGGAAGAGAUGCUUGUACAAGAAAUAUUGGCUUAGAAACCGUGGGGGUGAUGAUCAAUGACAGGACUGGGAAAAUACCAGUCACAGAUGAGGAGCAGACCAACGUGCCUUACAUCUACGCCAUCGGUGACAUCCUGGAGGGCAAGCUGGAGCUGACGCCCGUGGCCAUCCAGGCGGGCAGGCUGCUGGCCCAGCGGCUGUACGGCGGCUCCACUGUCAAGUGUGACUAUGAAAAUGUUCCAACCACUGUGUUUACACCUUUGGAGUACUGUGCUUGCGGCCUUUCUGAGGAGAAAGCUGUGGAGAAAUUUGGGGAAGAAAAUGUUGAGGUCUACCACAGCUUCUUCUGGCCAUUGGAAUGGACAGUUCCGUCCAGAGACAACAACAAAUGCUACGCAAAGGUCGUCUGUAACCUUCAGGACAAUGAGCGGGUCGUGGGCUUCCAUGUGCUGGGGCCCAAUGCUGGAGAGGUCACACAGGGCUUCGCGGCCGCACUCAAGUGUGGACUGACCAAGCGGCAGCUGGACAGCACCAUCGGGAUCCACCCCGUCUGUGCAGAGGUGUUCACCACGCUGUCAGUGACCAAGCGCUCCGGGGGCAGCAUCCUCCAGUCCGGCUGCUGAGGUUAAGCCCCCAGUGUGGGUGCUGCCGCCUGCCUCCGGGCAGCAUCGGGUGCCCGCUGGCCACACCGGGCUCUCGAUCUCGAGGGCAGGAGGUGUGGUGGAAGGAGGCAGCAUCACACUGGGGUCGCAUAGACUCGCAGCUGGCAUGUGGCAGGCACCACAGGGUGCGUCCAUGAAGUCACCAGCCUCAAGCCUGAGGGUGGGCGGUGACGGAACGCUGCCACGCCAGCUCCACUUGGCCUCUUGCUUGUCCACGAGCUGUCCCGCGUUGAUCGUAUUCUCCUUUUCUCUCCCUGGGGCCAGUGACGCCUGCAGUGACAAUGUCAGAGGUCGCUUCUGUCCAGGUGCAAACCGUGGCUAAUGUAUCCUGCCGGGGUCGGGCUGUGUGGCUCAGCCUACUUGGAACCUGUGUGGCGUUGCACAAGAGACAGAGCCCUGAGAUGAACAGGUCCUGCUGUCUUGGCCUGUCCAGCAAGGCCUCCAUGAAUAAGUUGGGCUCCAACACAAGGACGGCAGGCGGGGACUCGCCACAUGGGCUUGAGUGCCGGACUACUCGGCGGCAUCACUAGCUGUCACUGCACCCAUCUGGCCAUCCGUUUAGGAAGGGUCUGCAGCCUGCAGCACAGCCACUUCCCACCCUCCAUUGGUCUGACGUCGCCCUGGGUGCUCGUUCUGCAUUGUGUGCGUGAGCUGAACCACAACGGGAAAUGCUUGCCUUGCUCCAAACUUUCUGGUUCUGUUCGGCGGUUUGGGUUAGCUGGAAACGCAGGCCACAGCUUGGGGCCACACGUGUUUCUCCCUUGUAGGAAGUAUGCCUUUCUGCACUUACUGUAAAGGCUCUGUGGUGUUCGCUUCAUCAAGGAAGCUGUUGAUAUCCUAAAUUAUUUUUGAACACAGGUGGAUGUGAAGGAUUUUUACUCAAAAACCAGGAGGUUUUGACUUUUUCUGUUGAAGAGUGACUGUGGCAGGCAGGGUUUGGGCAGGGUGCGCUCGUCAGUGCUGCCCGUGCCUUGUGUCCUCACUGAGCUGGGGACAUCGGGCCCCCUGCUGCAGUGCUCAUGGCCCCUCUGUCACCCCAACGCCUGCAGCACCAGUGGUAGCUUCAGAGUCCAUUUCUGGGCCACUUUAGGGACCCCGAAUCAGCUAGCGUCCUCAUCCCACCCUUGUGUGACGAAGGUGCAGAAGGGUGGGGGCGCGGCAGGCAUUGUGCUCGGGUAUAUUUCUGCUUCACAUGAGUGUUUCUCACAGUCUGCCGCCACCCAGACGGCGGCAGGCAGCUGGGAUGCAGGCCAUUGUGUCAGCUUCCCGGGGUGAACCCUGCCCAGUGGAGCACCGUGCUUCACACCUUGUCCUGUUCCACUCUGUCACUGCCCACUGUACUGUGACUCCUGAAAUUCCAUGUAUUUUUAUUACCAAUUUUUGGGAAAAAAUAAAAAAAGACGAACC